AGUGCGGCCGAUUUGAGGGUGCGGGCGGUGUAGUGAGCGAGGCUAGGGGAGGCCAGAGAGGGUUGGGAGCCGGUGGGGCGGGAGAGGAGGGCGGUGCUGGAGGAGGGCGGUGCCGGCUGACUCAUCCCUUUGGAACCCCAGACCACAGACCCUUGGUGUCUGGGAAGCCGCCCGCCCGCUCCAAUCCGCCCUACCGGGAGGCGCCCGCCCGCACCGCGUCUCCGCGGUUUCCCCGCUCUCCGCUUCGGGGAAGUUCCCGCCCGAGGGCCGGCAGGGCAGGGAGCGGGGGAGCGUGCAUGGUGCCCGGCGUGUCGGCCGCCAGCCCAGAGGCCGUCGGGGCGGGGUCGGGCUGAGCAGCUCCCCCCACCCCUCGCCCCGCCGCCGGGCACUGCGCCCUCCUCACGGCCGGCCGCGGCCCCGCUCCUCUGCCCGCCUCCGCCAUGUCCCGGCUGCUGCGGCUGCUCGGCCGGCCGGUGCGCAGCCUGCGGCCCGGCCCGCCGCCCUGGUGCUGGUGUCGCUGCCGGGGGCCGUCCGCCCGGGCGCUGGGCACGCACCCUAAGAAGGAGCCGAUGGAGGCGCUCAACACGGCGCAGGGCGCGCGCGACUUCAUCUACAGCCUGCACUCCUCCGAGAGGAGCUGCCUGCUCAAGGAGCUGCACCGCUUCGAGUCCAUCGCCAUCGCGCAAGCAGGCAGAUACCCCAAACCUGAGAUUACCAUCACCAAACGAGUGAAAGAAGUAUCAGCAGAGACCUCUGAUAGUUUUGAAAAAUUGGAAGCUGAACCACCUACCCCAGGACAGCUGAGAUAUGUAUUUAUCCACAAUGCAAUUCCUUUCAUAGGGUUUGGAUUUUUGGAUAAUGCAAUUAUGAUUGUUGCAGGAACUCAUAUCGAAUUAUCUAUUGGAAUUAUUUUGGGAAUUUCCACUAUGGCAGCUGCUGCUUUGGGAAAUCUUGUGUCAGAUUUAGCUGGACUUGGACUUGCCGGCUAUGUUGAAGCUUUGGCUUCCAGAUUAGGCUUAUCAAUUCCUGAUUUAACACCAAAGCAAGUUGACAUGUGGCAAACACGUGUUAGUACACAUUUGGGCAAAGCUGUUGGGGUGACUAUUGGCUGCAUUCUAGGAAUGUUUCCUUUGCUUUUCUUUGGAGGAAGUGAAGAAGAUGAGAAACUGGAAAAGAACAAUUAACCCUCUUAGAAUAUCCAUAAAAGCUGUAACUAAUGUACCUCAGUUAUUAAAUAUGCUGUUAGGACAUUUAGGAAUUAAGACAGCAACAUUGUAUAGACUUGGGAUCAAAUAACUCAGCAUGUAUUAUGGAUAACACUAACUUAUUGUGGCUUGGUUGUCAUAGGACAUCUUUUAAAAAAAUGUUUAGUAUCAUUUGGUAUAAGUUGUUGAAAUGCUUUUUCAUCAAUGCAAUCAACGUUUGACCUUUUCCUUCUCUUUCAUAUGAAACUAUCAUUUCAGUAACAGUCACUGAUAAAUUGUACUGUCUUGGGGUUUGAUUAUGUGUUUCUUAACACAUAUACAGGCAUGAGAACAUUUUUUUUUGUCAUUUUUCCCUAGAGUAACAACUUAACCUUAGUAUUUUUCCUUUAAAGUUACCUGCCAAAGUUUUUCCUUCUUUUUUUUUUUUUUUGGCAACAUCACUUUUGUACUGUUUUACAUUUACAGUCAUAUAAUUUUAGUAUUUUAAAAACUCACCUUUACUUAAGAUGAUGCAAUGAUGCAGUCUUAACCUAAGGAUCACUUUCCUAUUUAAAUAUUCUGACCUUACUAUUUCAAAAGCCAGAACUUCAUCAAAAUAAGCAAUUAUGUGGCUUCCUUACUACAUAAAAACACCUACUGUCAAGUGUUAUUUGAUAUUUUGCCUUUAAUUUCUCAAUGUUGAAUAAUUAUAUAGUGGUUCCUGAUUGCUCAGAGGGAAGAAAAAUGAUUGUUUUAGGGUCUUUGUGGAGUUGUUGGGAGUAAUAUAAAUUAUGGAAUUUGCGAUGAAACUUGGAAAUUAAGAGACUUUUUUUUGAGAAUUAAUGGGAACUGUCAAGGUAUUAAGUGGUGAAGUUCAAGUGAUGGUUAUGAGCUUAGUAAGACACAUUUACAAAUUGAAUUGUUUGGGAAGGACAAACAGUUCCCCUAGUAUCUUCUCAUAUAAAUUGAAUGAGUUUUAGUACUGCAGACUUAUAAUUGUGAUGUCAUUUUAUCUUGCUUAGAGAAUUUUACUUCUAGAUGACUUCUUUUGAUGGAAAAACUAAAUAUUUAAUAUUCUGCUUGUUGCUAUAUGUAGUCUAGUAGUCAAAAGCUAUACAAGGUGAAUUUUUUCUGCCUUGUGUGUGUGUGUGUGUGUGUAUGUGGUGCUUAAAUCAUAAUCUAAAUUGAAGUUAUCAUUUCUAGUUUUGUUGAUUUUACUUAUGUGUUACCAUGUAUGAAUGAUACAUUUUUAUUUUAUGAACGCUAAUAAAAUUUGUUAUCAUGUGGUCUUUUACACAUGAUAAAAGUUUACUUUUAGCUUGUAGAAAUAAAUACAUCAUGGAGGAGAAAAAUAAAAUUAUUUUGGGCAAUACAA